UACAAUCGAAAUUCUUACCUAAUAUUGCUUACCUAAGAUUACCUAAAAUUACAAGCCAUAACGAGUUGGGUGUUGUUGAGUUUUUAUUUAAUCAUAUAUCUUUCCAAUACGUGAAAGUUUUUAUUUUUAUCUAUUAACAUCAUUUUUAUAAUUAAAAAAUGGCUGAAGAUAAAACAGAAUUUGAUUGGGGAAAUGAGAAAUUGCAACGUGCUCAAAAAACAGUAGACGAAUCUCCUUAUGAUUUGGAAGCAUGGAGCAUCCUUAUCAGAGAAGCACAAAACAGACCUAUUACAGAAGUAAGGCCAGUUUUUGAAAAACUUGUGUCUGUGUUUCCUUCUGCUGGUCGUUAUUGGAAAAUAUAUAUAGAACAAGAGAUGAAAAUGCGCAACUUUGAGAAGGUGGAAAAGCUUUUCCAAAGGUGCCUCAUGAAAAUCUUAAAUAUUGAGUUGUGGAAACUUUACCUUUCUUAUGUCAAAGAAACAAAAGCCAGUCUUACAACAUAUAAAGAAAAAAUGGCACAAGCAUAUGAUUUUGCAUUAGACAAAAUUGGUAUGGAUAUACAUUCUUAUAGCAUAUGGAAUGAUUAUGUGACAUUUCUUAAAAGUGUUGAAGCUGUUGGUUCUUAUGCUGAAAAUCAAAAAAUUAGUGCAGUUAGAAAGGUAUAUCAACGAGGUGUUGUUAAUCCAAUGAUUAAUAUGGAACAAUUAUGGAAAGAUUAUAUGGCAUUCGAACAAAAUAUUAAUCCAAUAAUUGCAGAGAAAAUGGCUAUUGAACGUUCUAGGGAUUACAUGAAUGCAAGAAGAGUUGCCAAAGAAUUAGAAGCUGUAACAAGAGGAUUAAAUCGAAGUGCUCCUAGUGUACCUCCAACUGGUCAUCCAGAAGAAGUUAAACAAGUGGAAUUAUGGAAAAAAUAUAUUGCAUGGGAACGUAGUAAUCCUUUAAGAACCGAAGAUACUUCUUUGGUUGCGCGUAGAGUAAUGUUUGCUAUAGAACAAUGUUUAUUAUGUUUGGGACAUCAUCCAGCUGUAUGGCAUCAAGCUGCACAUUUUUUAGAACUUAGUUCAAAAAUAUUAACAGAAAAAGGAGAUGUAAAUGCUGCGAAAAAUUUAAGUGAUGAAGCAGCAACAAUGUUCGAAAGAGCAACAAGUACAUUAUUGUCUAAAAAUAUGUUAUUGUAUUUUGCACAUGCAGAUUUUGAAGAAGGAAGAGUAAAAUAUGAAAAAGUGCAUCAAAUAUAUCAAAAGUUCCUUGAUAUACCCGAUAUUGAUCCUACAUUAGCAUUUGUACAAUAUAUGAAAUUUGCAAGACGUGCUGAAGGUAUAAAAUCUGCUAGAACAGUUUUUAAACGAGCUCGCGAAGAUCCAAGAUGUAAGCAUCACGUAUACGUUGCUGCUGCAUUAAUGGAAUAUUACUGUACCAAGGACAAAAAUAUUGCUUUUCGAAUUUUCGAAUUAGGUUUAAAAAAAUUCGGAGAUAAUCCGGAUUAUAUACUUUGUUACAUUGAUUAUUUAUCUCAUUUAAAUGAGGAUAAUAAUACAAGAGUUUUGUUUGAGAGAGUUUUAUCUUCUGGUAGUUUAGAACCUGAAAAAUCAGUUGAUAUAUGGAACCGCUUUUUAGAAUUUGAAUCUAAUAUUGGAGAUUUAGCAAGUAUUGUUAAGGUUGAAAAACGUCGUAGUGCUGUGUUAGAAAAGAUUAAAGAAUUCGAAGGAAAAGAGACAGCACAAUUAGUAGAUAGGUAUAAAUUCUUAGAUUUAUAUCCAUGUACUCCUAUGGAAUUACGGUCUAUUGGAUAUAUGGAAGUAUCUAGUGUUGGAAGAAGUACAACCGGUGCAUUACCACGAAUACCAGAUCCAGAGGAAGCUAUAGCAUCGUUACCAAGACCUGAUAUAUCUCAAAUGAUACCUUAUAAACCAAAAGUAAAUCCUUUACCUGGAGAGCAUCCAGUACCUGGUGGUUCUUUUCCAUUACCACCAGCUGCAGCACAACUUUGUACCAUGCUUCCACCACCUGGAUGUUUCAGAGGACCUUUUGUGGCUGUUGAUUUACUUAUGGAUGUUUUUAAUAGAAUUCAAUUACCAGAUCAUGCUCCAUUGCCGGUAGCAGAUAAUGGAUGCGACACAAAGCUAUUUGACUUAGCGAAAUCUGUACAUUGGAUCGUCGACGAAAGUAACGAUGGAGUUAGUGUUGGAUCUAAACGUAGAAGAACGCGUUUAGGAGGUGAUGAUAGCGAAGAAGAAGAUCUACCACCGCCUCCUGCAAAUGACAUAUAUCGCCAAAGACAACAAAAACGAGUCAAGUGAAUAAAAUAAUAAGAUAUUCGGCAGAGUUGCGUAUCAUCUCCAUCAUUUUGGAGAAAUUUGAUACAUGUUAUCAUAUAUUUUUACAUUUUCUGUUUGUUCUAAAAGGAGACAUUUCCUACAAGAACAAACCUAUUAUUAUUGAAAAGCGUACGUUACGUAUGACAACUACUAAAUUCCUUAUGUGACACUGUGCACGAUAUUUUGAGUACUGUGUACUCAGAAAUCCUAUAUUUACACCGUUGAUUUCGUCUUUGUUCAAAUGUGUUCAUUUACAUAUGGAGUAUCUAAUAUAAGAAGAGGACAAAAUUGGAAACGUCCAAUGGAUUGAAUUUGAUUCUAUCAUUAUCUAUGUCACCAUAGUAUGAAUUUAGUAUAAAAUAUCAAGAUUGAAAUCAAGAUUUAAUUUUUACACAAGCGUUUACGAUAAUUUACAUCAGAUAUAGCAAAAAUAUUUUUCAGGCUAUAAGAAAUAGUUGAUACAACUAUUUAAGAAUGAAAAUAAUCGGCGCAAGAUUUAAGAUCUUAUUGAAAUGAAGUAAUUUGUUAUAGUUCUAAUGAAAUUAUAUUAUAUAUAAAGGAAUGGUAUCAUUUAAAAUGAUUAUUUUAUGAAAAAUCUAUAUGUAAAGAUGUAUACGAAUGGAGAAAAAAAAAAGACAAUUUAUUCUUUUCGUUUACGGAAAGAUUUAUUUUCAUCGUGUAAUAAAUAUCAAAGCAAAUGUAAUCAAAUAAAUAGUUUUCCCACUUUAUAUUUUAUUUCAGUAUUCAUUUUUAUAAAUUUUCUAUAUUUUUCUAAAUAAUUACUAAGAGAAUGCGUUUCACUUAUUAUUCAUUUUUAAAUACAUACUUAUAUGUAUAUAUGAAUAGAAAAUAUUCGUGGGAAACUGUUCCGAUACAUACAUUUAUAUGUACAUUCGAUACAUUUGCUCUAUUUCAUACCAUUAGACUGUAUAAUUUAAUGUACAGGACCAAUAAAUUGUCGAUAUGCCAUCGUAAUUUUUCUUUUAAA